AGGGAAAGGGCGAGGGGGGGGGUACGUUGUAAGGUCAGCUGCGCCAAGCGCUCUGCAUAAUCGACCUGCUGCUGCUCACCACCCCGCCAUCUAGAGGGGGCCAUAGAACCUGUCCGACAGCAGCAGUUCAUCAAGACACUGCUGAGCAGGAGAAACUCUGAGUCGCGCAGUCCUGAAGGGCUUAAAAUCCAGCCGGAAGAAUCCAAGCUCGGGAUAAAUUUAAUCGCCCCCUACGCGUUGUCACACGUCACAUACACGUCACAAUGGCCGCCAUCCAGGCCGCAGUACAGGCCCUGUUCGAUGUUGAAGCCCAGAAGCCCCAAGCCACGACUUCAGCCCUCCACCGCGACGAACCCGGGUCGCGGCGAGGCAAAAAACGCUGCCACAGGCGAAGUGCCGACGCGUGCGUCGAGGUCGGCGAGGACGUCUUCCGAUUGCCGGCCGUGCUCGACGAGCAGACCUGUCGAGCGGCCGUCAACGAGGUCGACGAUCGAGUGGCCUUGGGCCUGUCGACGACGAGGGGCGCGCAGCUGCCGACGACCGACGUCUACGUGAGAGAUUUACGGUGCGCUGCCGCAAUACACGAGGCCGUCGAUGCCGGCCUUCACCUGAUGGAACGGUGCACGGGUUGAGUGCUGUGUGGAGAUCAACCCACGCCAUCGACGCGGUCACAGGUGGAUUUCCACCCAGGUCGCCUCGUCGACUGCAAAAAAGAGGAAAUCUUCAUCAUCACCUAUUGUGCCACCGGCCGCCGCAGCCUCGGGCGCCACACGGACGGCGACGGGAAAAGAACACUCCUCAUCACGCUCGACGCGUCCCGAGAUUACGCGGGCGGCGGCACGCGCUUCUACCCGAAGGAGGCCUCCGCACCGUCUUUCGUCGUGCGCCCGGCCCGAGGAGCUGCCGUCGCGUUCGACGGCUCGGUCGAGCACGAAGGCGAGGCGGUCGUCGGAGGCCGGCGCCACGUCGUCGUCGUGUUCGCCACCGAGGUGGACGAGGACGACCGCAGACCAAGCAUAAGGGCCGCCCAGCGCCGAGCCGCCCAGAGCGUCUUCGCGGCGCCGCCGCCUUCGCCGCGGCGACACCAGCGACGAGCGCCACGCGCCGCGUCGGCCUACCGAUCCCUGUUCUAGAAGCCUCAAGUCCCCUACUAAGUAUCUGUCUGCU